GGUCUUAUUCAUACUCCCUCUUGGUGCAUUGACGGAGCUAAGCAAUGGAGGCGUGUGUGUGUAAAAUGUAAUGUUAUUGCGGAGACCGAAUACACAGAAUAUCUAAAAGGAGAAACGGGGUCAACACCGGAGGAAGAAGGAACAAACGCCAAGUAAUAUUUCGCAGACUUUCGUCCUCCUCCUGUGAUUCCCAUGUCUCUCUCCGGGGUGGGUCUAACCCAAAAACACCGUCAACCAACAAUGGGCUGUGGGAGCUCGGGUAGACUCGGAGAAUUCUCCUGCAGCUGUUCAGAGAGCCGAGGAUAGGACCAAGACAUCGGACCGAGUCGAUGAGGGUCGCUUGUGCGCUUUUGUGCUGCGUCUCUCGGCCCGGUGUCCGUUCACAUGCGGUAAUAGAGGAGAAACUUGAAGGCCUUUUCAAUGUUGAAAUACAGUCUUUGUCAGACAUUGUGGUGGUGAAUCGAUUCCUUCAUAUUUCUGCUGAGUGGAUGGAGUGAAUAGUGCAAAAAAAAAAAAAAAAAAGAAGGGGGGAGAGACAGACUGCAGUUUGGUCGCGUGUGAUGAUAGGAGACACAAUGACGCUCUUGUCUCUUCUGGGUCGGAUCAUGCGUUAUUUUCUCCUCAGGCCUGAGACAUUGUUCCUGCUCUGCAUAAGUCUGGCGCUGUGGAGCUAUUUCUUCCAUACGGACGAGGUGAAAACCAUCGUCAAGUCCAGCCGGGACGCCGUGAAGAUGGUGAAAGGGAAAGUGGCGGAGAUGAUGCAGAAUGACCGGCUGGGGGGCCUCAGUAUACUGGACGCGGAGUUCUCCAAAACAUGGCACUUCAAGAACAACAACGUAGCUGUGUACUCUAUACAGGGCAGGAGGGAUCACAUGGAGGACCGCUACGAGGUCCUCACAGAUAUCACCAAUAAGAGCCAUCCGUCCAUAUUCGCGAUAUUUGACGGUCACGGUGGAGAGGCUGCAGCUGACUAUGUGAAGGCCCACCUGCCUGACUCACUGAAGCAGCAGCUGCAGGGCUUUGAGAGAGAGAAGAGAGAGAGUGCUCUCUCUUACGCCAACAUCCUCGAGCAACGCAUCCUGUCCGUGGAUCGUGAGAUGCUGGACAAGCUCUCUGCCAAUCAUGAUGAAGCAGGAACGACAUGUCUGGUAGCAUUACUGUCGGACAGAGAACUCACUGUGGCAAACGUCGGCGACUCUCGUGGCGUGUUGUGUGACAAAGAUGGGAACGCCGUUGCACUUUCACAUGACCACAAGCCGUAUCAACUUAAAGAGAGGAAGAGGAUCAAGAGGGCAGGAGGCUUCAUCAGUUUUAAUGGAUCCUGGAGAGUCCAGGGGAUCCUGGCUAUGUCCCGCUCUCUAGGAGACUACCCACUGAAGAACCUCAACGUGGUCAUCCCUGAUCCUGACAUCAUGACCUUUGACCUGGACAAACUGCAGCCAGAGUUCAUGAUCCUGGCAUCGGAUGGCCUGUGGGACGCUUUCAGCAACGAGGAGGCCGUCCGGUUCGUCCGCGAGCGUCUCGAUGAGCCUCACUUUGGCGCCAAGAGCAUUGUCCUGCAGUCCUUCUACCGCGGCUGCCCUGACAACAUCACGGUCAUGGUGGUGAAGUUCAAAAGUGGAGCUGGGGGGAGUAGCAAGACAGGGGCAUAGGUCAGGGCCAGAUUUAGGGCUAAAUGAUUUGUCUUGUUUUCCCUCAUCUCCUUGAUGAAGCAGCAAGUGUGAAAUCACAGGAGGAGUGGAGAAAAUUGCAGACACAGAUCUGAGCACACAUAAAGAUAAACACAUGCAAAAACUAAAAAAAAAAGCUUUGUUUAUAUGUUUCUGAUUGAAACGAGGGCAUUUAAACAUAACACAUAUCUCAUAACCAUCUGCUAACAUAAUGAAAAUGCUAUAAUACUGACUAAACAGUUGAGAUGCAUGAAAAGAAGCCAACCAGACAUCAAACAGAGGAUUUUCUCUGAACCAGCACACAUUCAACUGUGAUUGAUUUACUACUGUUUACUGUAGAUGCACAUGAAUGGUACAGCUCCACUGGAGGCUUCUUCAGAGGAGGCUUCAACUAGUGCCUACUCAACAAUUACUGUGCAACUGCAGGAAGCUACUGAAAAUGUGCGUGUGAGAAAUAAACAAUCUGCCUGCUUGCUGCAUUUUGACACAACUCUCUCAAGUGUUGUAUGCAUCUGUUUUGACCUAGAAAAUGUGGUCAAUUGUAAAAAGACUCCAGUGGAUCCAUACCCUUAAUUUUGUUGAAGUAAUGCUACAACUAAAAUCUCACCAUAGAGUAUCAAACUCCCGCUGUUAGCUGUUAUUUGCUAGUAGUUUCACCCUCUGGCUGCAAUCGUCUUAUAUUUAUUAGCUGUAGCAGCGUGCACUGAUCAAAGCAGCUUAAAUAUUGAGUCAAACAGCAGGAGCACUGAUUGUUCGCCUGCUAUACAUAGGGAGAAGUCAACCAAUCAUGGCUCCAAACUGCUGCUCAAGUGGCAAGCUGGUUACACCUCCUUAGGUGGUUAAACGGCCCUUAAAGUGAACACAUUUUGUUUUGGAGGGGAAAAAAAUAAUUCAGAGAUUCAAUUUUAAAACUUCUGUGAGGGUUUUUUUUAGCUGAAAAAAUACUAAUAUGUACAGGACAAGAUCAAGAAAGAGACAAGAGAUAUCAGUUUUUCCAUAGGGGGGCGCUACUGUCACAAACUGAACGUUCCUCACAAGAGCUUUAAGAUAAUAGACACAUAAGAGGGCAGCAGAAAUUGACUUAUGGAGGCCCUCAUCAGUCAUUCACAUCCUCAAUGUGUUUGGCGAGAUUUUUGCCAUAAUAUUGCUGAAUGCAACCGAUUACAUUUAUAUCCUUUGUUUUAUUUUUGCACUAGGGAUGCCUGUCACUGUAAUUAGCUACUUGGCUGCUAUCAAUCAGUAAGCUUGAAGUUCCUCAGGCUAGCCAGAAUGCCACCAGAGAGUGGUCUGAUGAGUUUUUAUUGAUAUUUACAGUUUUGCUUUAUUAUAAAGAGUCUGUUUUUAUUUUCAGAAAUGGCAACAAACUAAAGCAACAGCCACUCUUAUCUUGCUGCUUGUAAAUUCAAACCCUCAAGUGUGCAGACGUUUUGUGAUGCUCAGAGAAGAGAUUUAAAGUUAAGUUUUACUUCAACACAUAACACAUACACACUAAAGGCACUAACAGUUAUGAAAAAUGCACUUUUCAGAGGUUUAUUUUUUGGAAUGGUAAAUUAUUACAUAUCAGCCAUUGUAAACUCUUUAUCCUCAGUAAAGGGGGGGGGGGUCAUAUCUGUUGAACAUGACGUUCACCUCUUGGUACUGUAAUCUUUAGGUAUUAUGUAGACUAUUCCAUCAGAGUUGUUUUACUCCAUGUGUAACAGGGCAUGUGCUUUGGCUUAUCCACGUUCAUGAAGUCCAUUCAGUGAGCUAACUUAUCGUGUACUCUGGUGACCUUUGACCUGGGAUGCACAGGAAACGGCUGAAGUAGACGUUCACAGCUCCAUGAGAAAAUAAAAGAUGACCCAACAUGAACUGAACAGCAGCAGCCUGAAUGCUCGUAGCCUGAUAUUCAAAAUGCUUGUAAAGCAAUACAACAAGUGUCGGUCAGCGACAGUCUGUUGUGGAAAGUUCACAGCAAAGCUGACUUGAUUUACUACUGUUUUAUGUUUGACUACUGUUUACCACUGUGUUUCACUGUCUUUUCAUCAGUUGUCAGAAGCCUUUUUUGAAUUAACUGUUUACCUAAUGCCUUAUUUAUUUAGUUUUUUAUUUUGAUAAGUCUGGUGCAUUGCCAGGACAAACAAUUUUUUUGUCCUUCUGUACAUGAGCGGAAGUUUACAAUAAAUUACAUCCAUCACUUUAAUUUAAGUCAGUCCAUUAUUCACACAUGGUGAGCUGAUGCUCAGUGUAAAACAAUAUGUACAUAAAACUGUAUGUAAACUAUCAGUAUUAAACAAACUUCCAUCUUAAA